AUGCUGAGAUACAUUUUUGCUUUGGGGGACAGUGACUAUGAUGAUUACACCAUUGGGUUCUUGUUCUUGUUCUCUAUCAUAGUCCUGUGGCGGUUCUAUUAUGGAUUUCAGAAAACAGCUAAUCAGAGCUGCUGCUGGCGUCAAAGAAAAGUCAAAAGGAAUUCCAAAGACACAGAACAAAGAGCUUGGAAAUCUUCCCAGGAAGACGCCAAGACCUUCCUGGAACUGUUGUCCGUCCUGAAAAGCCAAGCCUGGGUUUUCAAAGAAAACAGCGUUCGGAAGUUGCUUUGUAAAGAUCCUACCUGCUCUGUCUGUAAUACUGUGGCCUUGGAAACUAAAUUACUGCUAUCUGGUGAGAAGGACUUGGUAUCCCCCCCAGCGCUGAGCCCAUCAUCUGAGUCUUCUUGCUUAGAGGGUAUGACUAGGUCUACUUUUUCUCUUGACCAAAGUUUGAAGCCAAGUUCAUCUACGGAAUCCCUGUUGUCCCUAAACCCGGUCCAAACUCCUUUAAUUCGGAUGGGUUCCCUAUCUCCCCCUGAGGUCCCAGACCACUGGACUGAACAGCUCCAGCAGGGAACGAAGCUCUAUAUAACCAAUGUAGUGAGGCCUCCCUCUGUGGCCUCUUCUUUCAGUCCAGAGAAACUCAAGGACCCAGCAGUAAAGCAAGAUGCCAUUGACAAUGGGUACCAGUUUCCCAUAGAGAAUAACAAGCCUGAGGCAUUUCGAUCUAAAGACAUCUUGCUGAAUACUGAGUUCCUCCAGUUGACCAGGCACCCUUCAACCACCCAGUCGCUCUCAGUUUUCCCCGUCACCCUUUCAUUCCUUACUCCUGAAGUCCGUAAUCUACUAGAAAAGCACAUUAAAAAGAGGGUGCAUUUCCAGAGAUGGGGUCUCCCCAAGAGAGUAGAAGAGUCACUCAAAAAAAUCAUGCCAGACUCCCCACUAUAUUACAACACUAAGAUUCAAGGAGAUCCUUUCAUCUUAACGGAGGACUCCAAAAUAUCUACUGCAGAGAUGAUGAACUCUACAGCUGCCCAUUCCUGGUCACCAUAUGAGGCAGAGGAACCUGAUAACCCUUUCUUGGGCUCUGAGAUAGUCCCUAUGGCUUUAGAAAAAGUAGAGCUGAAGAAAGUUUCCGAAGAGUUGUCAAACCCUAUUUGCAAGAACCUGCCUGCUUCUUCCGUCCCGAUCCUGAACAACAUCUGUCUCUUGAAGGAGAGGUCUCCUGCCAUCAAGAAUAACUGCCUGCAACCAAAAUACAGCCAACUCUUCUGGGGUCUCCCUUCUCUGCACAGUGAAUCCCUGGUAUCGACCUUUCUGAGGCAUAACGCCCUCUCCCCACCCACAAAUGACAACAAGCCUUCCACUGUGGACAGAACUUUCUACUUCUUCAAUGAACUGUCCGUCCUUCCCCUACUGCCAAAAACUCCCCCACUUUCUAUCUCACCUUCUUCUCUAUCUACCACAGUUGGGUGUAGCAUCAAUGCCUCCGAAGAAGCCCAUGUUAAUAUCCCGAUUCUCUCUCUAGCUGAAUGUGAAAUCUUGGAGUUGCACCUACUACAGAGGCAGCUCCACUUGCUGUGGGGUCUGUCCCCCGUCAUGCAGAUGUCUCAUCAGGCCCAGACCCUUGAUCAUGAACUCUGUGAGGCAGAUCAGGUCCUUAUGCCUCAUCAUCCCAAAAUGAAUGUCUCUGUCCUCACUAAGGAGCUCUUAUUCUUCCCAGAACAUGCUAAGAGGCUCCUUGAGCUCCAUUUUCAGAAAAGGAUCCUUCAGCACAAGCUGGACCAGCCUAAGUCAAUCCAGGAUAUGCAACCACUUUCGUCCAUACCUAACCAGCUACAAGUCCCUGAGAGCAUCUUAACCAAAACAUACAUGAAACUUCACCAGAAUGAAAAUCCCCAACUCAAGAUGGCUCCAGUACCUACUCCUGUUAUGACUUUCAUUGAGCCUGAAACACUUGCCAAAGCUAAGGAUAUUGUGCAAAUGCACAUAGAGAAAAAAUGUCUACAAAUCAAACAAGGGAUUUUUCCAGACAUCGUAUGUAGGUUCCGGGACAUUGGUUGCCAAUUGUCAGCAGGAGACCCUUCCUCCCAGGGAACUUUGGAAACUGUCCACUCCAAAAUGGGGGCAGAAGACCUGACUUUCCAGGAAUCGGGUUCAACAGCAUGGAUGGAGCUGAGCAUGAACCAACAGCCAUUGGCACCAUUGAAUAAAACCAUUAGGCAGCCAGACCAGGCUGUGAACCUCCCCCAGAGCAUGAUUGAGAAAUUGGAAAUGAUUUUAAAGCACAAGUAUUUGGCUUUCUUAUCAGGAUUACCAGCUCUCUAUUAUGUGGCUCUAUAUAGGGCAAUGUCCCCUUUAGAUAUUUGCCAAACUGAGGUUCCUAACAUGGGGAAAGGGGUGGUAAAGGAGCAAAUUGACUCCAUGAGUGACAAGACUUGGGCUGAAGAACAAUCGAUUUUCCCCAUGAGGAAGGUUAGUAAUUCCACCAUCUCUUCUGGGGACACUGGAAAUGAAUUAUGGGUUUCACAAAAGAUAAAAGUCUCCGAGGCAGUGCCAGAAAGAGAAGGUGAUAAGACAAGACCAGAGGGGAUAGAUGAGCAAAGAGGGUUUGGCUAUUUACAGUGUCCCUAUAUGCCAAAUAAGCCUGAUAUCUUGAUCAGAAUGGAUUCCCACCUAAGGAAGAAAGUGUUAGAAGUAAAAACGGGGAUUCCCCAAAAAGCUAUAGAUUCUAGGGAACUAUUUAAAGCUCUAGAAUCUUCUUUACCCCAGUCUGAUUUAAGACAUAUUCCUGGAGUUGUAGUUCCAGAAAGUUCAGAAGAACUACAAGAAACUCUCCGCACUGUAGAGAACCAAGAGUGCUCAGAAACGUGCUCAUCACCAGCAGCUCUGGAUGCAGAGGUUCCAAGCUGGACAUAUUUUAAGGAGCAGCUCUCCAGUGAGCUAGAGUUCAAUUUGAUGAAGAUAUCAGACAAGCAAACACAAAGCUGCAUCACAUCCUCCCAGAUCCCAGGCCUCCAAGCCUCCAAGGUUGCCCAGCCACAGCCCCAGAAAAGGCCCAGUGGGGACAUGGCUGAUGCCCAAGUGCUCUGUGUUCACAUGGAGGCAGAACCAAACAGCCUAGGCCAAGAGUACUGGAAUGCAGAGCCACUAAUUACUUGGGAUUGCCAGAACAAGGCCAUUGGCUCAACCCCAAACAAGAUAAAAGGCUCCAAAGGAAAUCAGGGCGGGGGGGAUGCAGGGUGGAGGACCUCAUCUCUCAAAAGAAGGAGCCAUACCCUCAAGGCCAGAAGACCAGCAAAAUCUCAUAUAAAUACCAUCCAUAGAUUACAUGUCGGGAGCAGGGAUCAUGAUCAAACUGCUGAUCUCCAGGAGUUUCCCCAUUCCUUUCCCAAAGUUGAGCACUCAGGGGCACUAUUUGGAAUGCCAGGGAGGAAAGAGACCAAGAGGGAUGACUAUAAAGGCAGCCAAAGCAAGUUGAAGAAUUCAUUUCCUCCAAAAAGGGACCAUAAGCACUCCCAACCUAGUGGCCCUAAAAAUUCCAUCAAAAUGAAUCAGAUAGCAAAAGGCAUGCAGGUCUCAGAGAGGACAAUUUCUACUCCUCAGAGUCAGACUCCUUCAGAAAACAAAUUUCUGGAAAAGAUAAAACACUUCCUUCACUGGCUUAGCAUCCGGAAAAAACUUAAAAGUCAGAGUUCAUCCAACACCUGCCCCUGGUCUGAGGUGGCAUCAUCCAAGAAGGAUAUUUCUAAGCAAGGCCUGAUCUUAGCCAAAGGAUCCACAAAUAAGGGACAGAAAGCCAAGAAAAAUGUGGAAUUCAAGGAACACUACUACCCAUUAACAAAUAAGAACCUUCUGGUCACCCCAAAGAGUCAGUUCCACCAUCUUGAUUGCAACCCGCGCGCUCAACAUUUCUGGAGCUCAGAACUGUACCACUGUUCCAGCCGCUAUUCAGAUAUGUUCAGUCAGCUGGAAAGUGACUCUUCUUCUCUCCUGUUCUCAGAGGAAAACAUUGACUCCCCUAAGAGAAAAAGUCCAGGCCCAACAGAGAGAAAGCAAACCCUCUAA